UCUUCUUCUCACUUUCCAGCGAAAAAGAAACGAAAAGGAAAGGAAAGAAAAUGUGAGAAAAGAAAGAAGAAGAAAACCUUCUUCAUUCAUUCAUCUGAAACUAAAACUAAAAUUAUUCCUUCCCCCUCUCGAUCACCGUCACCAAUAUAAAUUCCCUUUUCCAUCCAAACAACAAACAACGACACUCGCUUUUCCGUCCCUCUUUUUUCCCUCUCCCUCUCCCUUCACCGAUGGCGCAUGAUAGCAACCACCACCACCACAACAACCACCGUUCUUCAAGCUCUUCCUCCUCCAGUGACAUUUCAGUGUAUGUCGACGCUCCCGCUACUUCCAUUGCCUCUACUUCAGGGCAUGUGGACAGGGAUUCAUCGGAGAAUGUGGCUGAGAAAGAGGCUCCUGCGGCGGGUGUUGUGGCUGUGGCGGAAGAAACUGGACCGUCCAAUCAGGGUUUGGUAAUUAGGAAUGGUGAUCGUAAAGUUGGAAAGACCAAUGGAAUCAAUUGGUUGGCCGCGAAGUUGCUUGAUGAGAAUGUUCCCAUGAAGAAAAGGCUGCGAUGGCUAAAAAAGGCUUCCUUGGUUAAGGAUGAUGGUACUGUAGUAAUUGAUGUUCCAGGGUCGCAUUCACCAAUUGAAACUGGGGUUAUUACUAAUGAAGCUCAUGAUGUAUCUUUCAAGAGAAAGCCCAGUCAGGAUAUUCGGCCUGUUCAGCCGCUUCAAAUUGUGAUGCUUAUAGUUGGAACACGGGGAGAUGUUCAGCCUUUUGUUGCCAUUGGGAAGCGUCUACAGGUAGACGGUCACAGGGUUAGGCUAGCUACUCAUAAAAAUUUUGAAGAUUUUGUCUUGAAUGCAGGCUUGGAGUUUUACCCUUUAGGUGGAGAUCCCAAAGUUCUUGCUGGUUAUAUGGUCAAGAAUAAAGGCUUCUUGCCCUCAGGUCCUUCAGAAAUACAUUUACAAAGAAAUCAAAUCAAGGCUAUUAUUAAUUCUUUGCUUCCUGCAUGCAUCAGUCCUUACCCAGAUUCCAAUGUUCCAUUUGAAGCAGAUGCAAUAAUUGCCAAUCCUCCAGCAUAUGGGCAUUCUCAUGUUGCUGAGUAUCUAAGAGUUCCCCUUCACAUAUUCUUCACAAUGCCAUGGACGCCUACCGGUGAAUUCCCACAUCCUCUUUCCCGUGUUAAGCAACCAAUUGGAUACAGACUGUCAUAUCAAAUAGUUGAUUCUUUAGUAUGGCUGGGAAUGCGAGACCUGAUAAAUGAUUUUAGGAAGAAGAAGUUGAAGUUAAGGCCUAUUACUUACCUAAGUGGGUCUUAUACUUCUCCUCCUGAGGUUCCCUAUGGUUAUAUAUGGAGCCCUCACUUGGUCCCUAAACCAAAAGAUUGGGGGCCUAACAUUGACGUUGUGGGAUUUUGUUUCCUCGAUCUUGCUUCAAAUUAUGAACCCCCAAAAUCGCUAGUAGAUUGGCUUCAAGAAGGCAAAAAACCUAUAUAUGUUGGAUUUGGUAGCCUUCCUCUACAGGCUCCAGAAAAAAUGACAAAAAUUAUUGUUCAAGCUCUGGAACAAACAGGGCAGAGAGGUAUCAUCAACAAAGGCUGGGGCGGUCUUGGGGAUUUGGCAGAAGAUAAGAAAUUUGUGUACUUAUUGGACAACUGUCCGCAUGAUUGGCUAUUUCCAAGAUGUACUGCCGUGGUACAUCAUGGGGGUGCUGGAACAACUGCUGCUGGUCUCAGAGCUGAAUGCCCAACAACUGUCGUACCGUUCUUCGGGGACCAGCCAUUUUGGGGAGAGCGAGUGCACACCAGAGGGGUAGGUCCUGCACCCAUCCCGGUGCAGGAGUUUACACUGGAAAAGUUGGUUGAUGCCAUACGCUUCAUGCUGAAUCCAGAGGUGAAAAGGCGUGCUGUUGAACUUGCUAAGGCCAUGAAAAACGAAGAUGGUGUGGAAGGAGCAGUUAAAGCCUUCUAUAAACAUUAUCCAAGCCAAAAACAUGAUACAGAGGCGCCUAAGCCAUUAGCCUCAGUUCCUAAAGGCUUCUCUAUACGAAGAUGCUUUGGUUGCUAUAACUCUUCUGGAUAAAUUGAUUCUUCAUCAUACGGCAUCCUUGUUCAUGUAGUCAUGUUUAUUCUUCAGUCCAAUUCUGUUAUAUUAGUAAUUGUGAAAUGUAAAUUGCCCUGGUGAUUUUUUUCCCUUAGUUUCACCAGAAAUAUUUCCUAAGGAUACAGUAGCGAUCAAGUUAACCUCUUUAGUGUAAGAUUUGAAUGGAAUGCCCUUCAGUAGUUCAGUAUGUUCCCGUGAUUUGCAAUUGAAAACUUUCAUGUUUAA